AAAUGGAUUAAUCUUCCAAGUUAAAAUAAGGAACAUUGAUUUAAUUAAGACAUGUGACUACGAAAUAAUAUUUAAAAGGAACCAUUCAUUUUGUAGUAAUGAGAAGCUUUUUAAGAAAUAAAGAGCUUGAAGAUUACUAUUUGGGAACCACUCCGAAAGAAGAUGACUUCUAUACUUACUUUAUUAUUGAAAAAUACCUACCAACUGAUAAUAAUUUAGAACUAGGGAAUAUUGUAUCAAUAAAAAACUAUGGAUUACAAUAAUAUGUGAAUCUAAAUCCAUAAAAAUAAUCAGAAGUUACCAAACAGUGUUAUGCCUGUGUAUGUUAAGAUAAACACUAUUUUGUUAUCCAGCCUUAGAAUAACAUAUUCACUAGUAAUAGCAACUCUAUUGACACUUCCAUAGCUUAAAAGUACGUUAGAUUUACAUCAAUUGAUAAUGGAUAUAGUUUGCAUUCUCAUAUAGUUUCUUAUAAAUCCUAAAAUUUAUCACAAUAUAAUGAAGUCUCAGGAAUUAAAAAUUGUGAUAACAAUACUUUAUGGGAAAUCCUUCCUGUUCAGGAGAAUUCAAUCAAGAAUUUCAUUCAUAAAGUUCAAACUUAUGAAUAAAUUAAAAUAUACAAUGGAGACGUCAUAAUACUUAGGAAUCUUUUGACAGGUUGGACCCUACAUUCUCAUACAACAUGCUAUAAAUCAACAAAAUUAUAAGAAGUUUCUCUCUUCAGUUAUCCAAGAGAUAGUACUAUAUUUAAAUUAAAUAAUAGACAAUGAUUUUUGGAUUAUUACUAAGGCCAACCUGAAAGAAAGAGAUGAUGGAAUAUUUAGAAAAAAUGAUGAAAUUGUGCUUCGACAUAAUUAAACUCAAAAGUUUCUUUCAUGUUCCAAUAUGUAAUCAUACAGCCAAUCAGGAUAUUAAGUUCAUGGGUCUGAGUGCAGCGCAAAUAUCGGAUUUUCAUUUGAAUGUAUAAAAUACCAUUAUUUAAUAUAGAAUUCGAUAAUCAACCUCUACAAGUCAAUCACCCAUUCUUAAUCAAACAUAGUACGAAAAACCUUUACUUAUCCUAAUCGAAUUUUCAGACAGAAAGCAAAAUAGGAAUUUAAAAAGAGGCUGUCUUUGUGUAAAAUGUCACUGACUUAUGUUUAUGGGUAGUAGAAUUAAGAAAACAAUGA